AUGUCGUCGACGCAUGGCUCGCUGGAUGCCAUGCAGGACAUUACGCGCCUCAACACACGAACCGUGCGCAUUCUCGGCCAGAAUCCUAGCGCAUUUACCCUGAACGGCACAAAUACCUAUCUCAUUACACCGCCAUCGUACUGGAACUUGGACGAGCGCCAAUCGCUCCUACCGGCCAUCCUGGUGGACACCGGCGACGCCAGAGACGACUACGCACCUAUACUAGAAUGCGUCCUGCGUGGACACCUGCACGUAUCGGAGGAUAAGCAGCCGGUCUCCCUUGCUAUCACUGAUAUUGUGCUUACGCAUUGGCACCACGAUCAUGUGGGUGGCGUCCCCUAUGUGCUGCGCAUGCUGCAAAGGCUGCGACGCGAAGUGCCGCAGUUACCUGUUCCACGCGUGCACAAAAUCCCAGAACCGAAGACGGAUCCGAGCUUGUUUGAACGCGUACAGUCCGUGUCCGACGACGCCUAUGUGCAUGCGCCUGGGGCCACGGGGCUUGCUCGACUCAUGUGGCCACUGCGUGAUCAAGAUCAGAUACAGGUGCGUGAUCCAGACAAUGCGCACCUCACCUCAACACUGCGUGUGCUUUACACACCAGGGCAUGCUGCCGACCACGCUAUGCUGCUGCUCGAAGAGGACCAUAUCCUACUGACAGCCGACAAUGUACUGGGCAAAGGAUCUACCGUCUUUGAAGACCUCGUGCUGUAUAUGUAUAGCCUGCAGCGAGGUCUCUCUCUCCUUCAAACAUGCAAGUCUACGCCACUGGGCGUGAGUGGCACACCCACGACGGGUAUGGCAGGCGAGAAUGUUCUCUUCCCCGGACACGGUCCCGUUAUUCCCAAGGGCAAAGAAACGCUGCGCCGAUACAUGCGGCAUCGCAUCGAGCGAGAAGAACAACUCCUCGCGCUUUUCAUGUGUCACCCAAGUGACAAACAGGGCCUCAUGCAAGCGACGGCCUACCCCCAGGCGUACUUGGAGAAAACGCGUGGACGCGUCCGGCCGGGUCAGCACCUGUGGACCCUGCGUCAGUUUGUCCACACCCUGUACGAGAAUUACUCUCUCACCGCCUAUCCGGCGGUAGCGCGCGGUCUUCUUCUGCACCUCCAAAAGCUUGCUACGCCCACAUCGGACUAUGCAAACCCCCCCUUCCCUCUGACGGAGCCUCUUCUCUCCUCCUCCUUCGCCUCGCAUCCGCCCGUGGUACAGUGCAUACGAAUACCCUCGUAUCAGUAUUCAGGCAUACGCCACUAUCCAGACCUCGCACGCAACGAAAAAGAAUGGGGCGAGCUGCUGGAUGUGCCGUGGCAACUCGUCUCCCUUAUGUAG